AUGGAGGGCUGGCUGAAAGCAUCCGGGGCGACAGGCCUGGAUGACCUGGAGCUGGUCGAUUUUCCGGUCACCGGGCGCGGUGCUAGAGCACUGCGGCCUUUCAAGCAAGGAGAAAGGAUUCUCACCAUUCCUAGUGACUGCCUCUGGACAGUCGAGCAUGUAUACGCAGAUCCUCUUCUUGGGCCAGUCCUUCGCUCUACAGAGCCGCCUUUGUCCGUCGAAGAUACCUUAGCUAUCUAUCUCCUUUUCGUACGAUCGCGCGAGUCUGGAUAUGAUGGCCCACGAAGUCAUGUGGCGGCGUUACCCGCGAGCUACUCUUCAAGCAUCUUCUUUGAGGAGGACGAAUUGGAAGUUUGCGCCGGGACUUCACUAUAUACCGUCACGAACCAACUGAAGCAGAUAAUCGAGGAUGAUUACAGGGGAUUGGUUAUGCGAUUGCUUGGAUUGCAUCCAGAUCUUUUCCCACUCGACAAAUUCACUAUCGCAGAUUACAAAUGGGCUCUCUGCAGCAUCUGGAGUCGUGCGAUGGAUUUCGUACUGCCUGAUGGAAAAUCGCUUCGGGUUUUGGCGCCCUUUGCAGAUAUGUUCAACCACUCACCUGAGGUUAUGCAGUGCCAUGCCUACGAUCCCUUGUCUGGAAGCCUCUCUGUCCUUGCGGGGAAGAACUAUGAAAUUGCAGACCAGGUUUCUAUCUUCUACGGAUCUAUACCAAAUAAUCGUCUUUUGCGUCUCUAUGGCUUUGUCAUGCCCGAUAACCCUAACGACAGCUAUGAUCUUGUUCUUUCAACACAUCCUAUGGCCCCCUUUUACGGAAAAAAGCAGAAGCUCUGGGCAUUGGCCGGGCUCGAUUCGAUUUGUACCAUCUCCCUUACUCUCACAGAUCCUCUACCGAAGAACGUCCUUCAAUAUCUCCGUAUUCAGCGGCUGGAUGAAUCAGAUCUUGCUGCCAUAGCGCUUCAGAAACUCGAUAUACGUGAGAAAAUCGGCGAUGCCAAGGAAGCGGAAGUUCUGCAGUUUGUGGGAGAAUCGAUUGGAAGUCUUCUGGAUAGCUUCGGCACUCGAUUAGAAAAGCUACAGGAAAACCUCGCAGAGGGCGUCUAUUUUCCAGGAGGGAACGCAUGGGCGGCGGCGCACGUCAGCCUGGGCGAACAGCGGGUGCUGAGACUGGCGAGAAAGAGAGCCGAGGAGCUGUUGGCGGUUGUGAGGAGUGGAAAUGGGAUGGAAAGAGCUUUAUCAUUGCCGCUGCAUUGGUGUGCAAAUUGUGGAAAGGAUUCUGUGCCGUUGAGGUUGUGCGGGAGGUGUAAGGGGGUCAUGUAUUGCGGACGGGCUUGUCAGGUUGCCCAUUUCAAACAGCACAAGGCGAUAUGUCGGGCAACAAUCAGUAAGAACUGA